UUAGUUUUAAAUCAAAAUCGUACGAAGACGAAAAAGUUGCUGUGAGAGAGAGGGUUUAGAAGAAAAGCUGGUUUGACAGAACAUUGACACUAUACAUACAAAAAAUAUAAAAUGAAAAAAGAAGGCGACUUUAUAACCCAAAGUUUCAAGAUUUUCUUAAAGAGAGGCUAAGAGGGGAAGAAUUUUCCUUUUUGUAUUUAAUAUUUAGGGAAUUUUAUUUGGGUUUCUUUUUAUAGGAGAAAAUCAGAAAGUAUUGAUUUUUGUUGUUUGUAGGAUGAUGGUGUCGAUGAGAUACAUAGUAGUAUUGUGUUAUGUAUUUUCAGCUUUUGGAUGCGUAUUUUCAUCGUAUAAUACGAAUACGUUUUUCUACGAUCUGAGGUCUCAAUGCCCUCUUCGGAUCUCCUUUCCACCUCCUUUGCUUUUUGAGACGGAUGGAGAAUCACUUGACAAGGCUCUAGGGUCCAGUCAGAAAGAUGAUGUUACUGCUAUUUUGUUCUACGCCUCGUGGUGUCCUUUCUCUACAGAUGUUAAAUCAAAGUUUGGUGCUCUGAGUUCCAUGUUCCCGCGAAUCAGACAUGUGAUGGUUGAGCAAUCAAAAGCCAUGCCUAGUGUCUUCUCCAGAUAUGGAGUUCACAGUUUUCCAGCAAUACUGAUUGUGAAUCAGACAAUGAGAGUGCGGUAUCAUGGCCGGAAAGAUCUUCAGUCUCUUGUGAACUUCUACAAGAGGACUACAGGGCUUGAUCCUGUGAUAGAAGUGAAGAAACAUCAAAUUACUUAUAAGACAGAUGGUCACAAAGCUUUUCAGCAAUGGAAAGGGUCCUCUUUAAGGGAAUUGCUCUUGAGUGAACCUUACCUUGUACUGUCGAUUGCAUUCCUAUUGUUUAGGGCGUCCCUUUAUUUCUUUCCUGGGUUGGUAGCUCAUGUAGUAGCAUUGUGGGUUGCAUAUAUUCCUCAUCUAAACAUGGGAAUCUUUGGAGAGUCAAGGCAGCUUUUGGGGCGCGUUUUCCACGUGAUUGACCUCAAGAGGGCUUGGAGCAAGCUAAAGCUGAGCAAAACAAGAAACUUUCAUAAAGGUGCUAGGAAUGCUCGAGUUUGGGCUUCGUCUUUGGCAUCUGUUUCGCUGGGAGAGACGUCAACAGCAAGAGUGUCCUCCUCAGGAGACUCGUAAGCCACUACUCGUUGUCUCUUGCAUCGGAUUAUCACUAAAGCCGAGAAGUUAGAUCUCAGAAUCUGGCUUCUACAGCAAGUAGAGUGGUUUUCUUCAUUCCCUUUUAUUUCUUCCCCUUUGGGUUAGUUGCUACGGCCCCAUGUUGUAUCUUAUCUUUUUCAGAAAGUUUUCAAAUACGCAGGUAACCCAAGCUCUUGUGCUUUAGAGUUUAGAUGGAAACAUGACAACAAUCUUGUAAAUUUUGAGAACAGAGGGUUUCUAUGUAUAUUAUUACAUGAUGAAAGAGGGAGACUUGUAACAGUGCAUGAAUUUGUCUGUGAUGGUAUAUUGUCAUUUGUCUGUGCAUGAA